AAAAAACAAAACCCGAUCUAAAAAAAAAAGACUUACCCCAGGCCGGAAACAAGUCGCCACGCCGUUCCCCGGCCGACCUCGCUUCGCCCCGACCACCGCAGGGCCAUGGAGCCGAACGCCACCGUUGAGGCCGACGCCGAGGACGACUACAUGGGGGACCUGUCCCACUUCCUCCCGCCAAGCCCGCCCUCUCCCUCCAGGAGCCUCGGGGUCCGGAAGCAACCCCCCAAGCCGGCUCCGCCGGCGCGAGGGCACGCGAAGCGCGCCAAGAGGCUACCGUGGAAGGAGCGCCGGCGGCAGGAGCGCGAGAGGAGCCAGAGAGAGGAGGACGCCCGCACCUUGGCCGGGAUGGCGGAGGCCAUCCCGGAGAGCAACGUUGGGUUCAAGAUGUUGAAGCAGAUGGGAUACGACCCGGCAGCCCGCGGCGCCGGCGCCGAGCCGGUUGGAAUCGAGAUCCGCCGCUCUCGGGCCGGACUCGGGGCGGAGCCAGAUGCUUCUGUGGCGCCGCUGCCGCAGCCAUCGGAACCCAAGACGCGGGAGGAGGAAGAAAGGGAGAGGAAGCGGGAGGAGGAGAUGGUGGUGGAGCUGAGGUCGAGGAAGAGCACGCAAUGGAAGGGACGGAGGUUGGUGUGGGACUACCGCAAGGCUGAGGCGGCGCUCGCGCAGCUGGAGAACAGGGAGGUGGAGCCACCGGCCCCCGAUGGGGAGGAGAAGGAGAAGGGAGAAGAUGAAGAGGAAGAGGUGAUCACUGAAGAGGGUUUACAAACCAUAUUGGAUAAGCUGCGUGUUCAACACCACUAUUGCCUUUACUGUGGAUGCAAGGGAAAGGCUGCGUACUAUAGACCCAAAGUGGUCGGACCCUUCCCUGGACCCUGCGCAAGCGGGAGCUACAUGCACCAGUUUGAAUCAGCAGGAGCACUGGCAAAUGAAUGCCCUGGGCCUAAUGAAGAUGAUCACUGAUCCACUCUGUCAAUGGUGACAAGGGCACUGUCCUUCCCACUGCAGAUUAUGGUAAAUGUGACAUUUGGGAUAUUCUUGAUUAGUUGACUGUGUACGGUUAACCUUAGUCCUUAACACAAUCACUGGUUCAUAGCCAACUGGAGAAACUGAGCUCCAGCAUGUUAGUGGAAACAAUAUAUUCUUAACUACUAUUAUGUGUAUUAGUUCUGUAUGAAAUGUCUCAACAUGUGAAAUCUUUUUGGGUCAGUUUGAAAUUACAGAGAUGGAAUGGGAAGCUUCAAGGAGUUCGCAUAUUGUGUGAACUGCUUCAUUUAGAGCUCAAGUUAUGUCUCUGACAUGUCCAGAACUCCGAAUGAAGUUACCGCGGCCAAAAGACAGUAGUGUGUUAAGCUGUGAAGAAACGAGUUGAAUUCAGCUAGCGGUAAUGUAAGAAGAAUUGCACUAGACGUUUCCCAUUCCUGCUUUCUAAUCGAGGGACUAUUCAUCACUCAUCAACUGAACUGUUGAAGUUAGAGUCGUGGGAAGGCUGACACUGUUCAUCUCUUUGUUCCAGCCAAUGCCGGAAUCUGUGUACAGUGCAAUUACAUUUGUGUCGAUCUUUCAUGUGGACAAGCGAUCCAUUUAUGAUCACUGUUUGUUGAUCACGGGCCAACAUGUGGCACAAGAUUUGUCAGUGUGAGCUCAAUUAUUAUGUCAUCAUGAUGGCUGCAUCAUCCCACCCUUGCCCUACCUCUGGCAAUUAUUUGUUCUCCUUUCUAAAGUGGGCUCCCUAAUUUUGUUCAGACCUAAAGUCAGUCUUUGGAAACAUCAAAGGUUUCAGCUUUACCAUCAAACAAAAUCAACAAGAUCACAAGAUCUGGAUCAGCAUCCCAGCAAAUGGUGACUGGAAAAAAGAGGAGAUGCUUGGAACACAUUCUCCUUGGCAGUCUCUGUCACAUGAAAGCAGGUGCUGAUGUUUUGGAGAGAAUAUACCAGAGUUGUCACCAGUCACCACUAAUGUGUUCUUUUGGAGUAAAGAAGCUACCGCAUUGCUU